GUUCCAACAUGAGGACCUCAAGGACACUCCUCGGCUUCUUCAAUGCUUCAGCUUUCUGUCUUUUCUGGCUCACAAAUCAUGCAGUGGACUCUGCUAAGCUGUCAGCUCCAGAGAAGGUAACAGGAGCAUACGGAGGAUCUGUGACCAUCUCGUGUCAGUACAAUCAGAGGUUCAGAAACUACACAAAGUACUGGUGCAAAGGGCCGGUGUAUGAGCUGUGUACAAUCCUGCAGAAGACCCCCAAGAGAAAAGACAAUGACAGAGGCGCCAUUGUAGACGACCAGGAGGCUGGAGUCUUCACCAUGACGAUGACCUCUCUCAAUAAGAGUGAUGAGGGCAAGUACUGGUGUGUCAUCGCAAGACUUGGGAGGAACACCUACAUUGGUGUCCAGCUCGAACUGUCCGACACAGUGAUUACAACAACUUCCACCCCUUUUAUUACAAACGAAGAAGCAAGUUGGUGGAUGGCUCUACGUUGGAUCCUUUUUAGUAUUAUGUUGUUUUGCGUGGUUGCAACACAUAUCAUCACAUGGAGGAUAAAAGCAGUGAGGAAAACACCGCCACAGCAACAAUUACAUCAUCAAAACUCACAAAACAUUUAUGACUGACUGAUUCAUUGUUUGAAAUCACCUUCAUACUGAGGCUACAAAAGUAUUCCUCCUCUGGUUACUCAAUAAAAUGUAUGUAACCUUAGGGGCGCUGGUGGCCUAGCAGUCUAAGCGCCCCACAUACAGAGGCUACAGUUCUCGUUGCAGAGGUCGCCGGCUCGACU